AUGGUGAUUCAAGUGUGGGAGGACGCCGUUCCAUUUUAUGUCAAUGGGGCACGACCGAUUCCGUUUCGUGACCGUGCAGAUGUGAAAAAUCUGUUGGAUAAUCUAGUUACUAAAAAAGUGAUUGUGCCGGUCAGCGAACCAUCGGAGUGGGCAGCUCCAUUAGUAGUGAUCCGUGGUGCAAACGGGAAAAUCAGGUUAUGUGUUGCUCACACGUGGCUGAACAAGUUCGUCCUUCGGCCAACGCACCCAACCCGCACGCCACGAGAUGCAGUGGCGGAAAUCGAUAGUGAGUGUCGCUUCUUCACCAGUUUCGACGCCGUGAAUGGAUAUUAUCAGAUCCCGUUUCAUCCAUCCAGCCAACACCUGACAACAUUCAUGACGCCAUGGGGGCGCUACAAAUUUCUACGCGCGUCCAUGGGACUAUGUAGUUCAGGAGACGAAUAUAACCGUCGAGCAGACGCCGCCUUCGCAUCCAUGACGAAUACAGUUCGCGUGGUGGAUGAUUUACUGCGACUUGACCGUUCAUUUCCCACCCACGUCACGGGAGUAUGCGCCAUUUUGCAGGCCGCCCGCGUAGCCAGGAUCACGUUCAGCAGAGAAAAAUUCCGGUUUGCCAAAUCCCGACUUUGUUGGGUCGGGUAUGACAUCCAGCAUGGCGGUAUCACCAUCGAGGAGGAUAAACUGCGAGCGUUGUCACAGUUUCAGCGUCCAACCAACAUCUCGGAGCUCCGGUCAAUUAUGGGCUUAGUGGAGCAAUUGGCCGGAUUCUCCACGGAGGUGGCGGCAGCAAAAGCUCCUCUUCGCCCUCUGCUCAGUACCCGUAAUCCAUAUGUAUGGAACGCAGACCAUGAUCAAGCUUUUGAAGCAGUAAAAGUGGCCCUCACAUCACCAUCAGUAUUAGUUCAUUUUGAUCCAGGACGCGAAACUAUCAUCCAGGUCGACGCAUCCCGAAAAAAUGGCAUGGGGUAUGCGUUAUUGCAGCGCCACGGCGAUUCAUGGAGGUUUUUGGACGCUAACUCACGGUGGUGCAUGGACACGGAGUCCAGAUAUGCUAUCGUAGAGCUUGAACUAGCAGCCGUGGGGUGGGCCACCCGGAAGUGCCGUUUAUAUUUAUCCGGCCUCCCAAAUUUUACAUUAAUGGUGGACCAUCAGGCGUUGGUAUCCAUUUUAGACAAGUAUACUCUCGAAGCCAUUGACAACCCGAAAAUUCAACGCCUCAAGGAGCGAUUAUCACCUUAUUCAUUCACGACGGUGUGGCGAAAGGGAAAAGAUCACGCAAUACCGGACGCGCUAUCACGCGCUCCGGUAAACGACCCGGUAGCACAGGACCAAUGCAUUGGAACGGAGCUGGCAUUUACGGUAUGCAAAGUAGCCAUUCAGAGCGUCAAUAACAUCCUCAACCUUGCAGAUGACGCAGCUUCAACACCACAUCUACCAGACACGCUGAUGGAGGAGUUACAGACAGCGCCUGCAGCAGAUCCCCAUUAUGCUGAUUUAAUUGUGGCAAUUGAGACCGGAUUUCCGGCCAACCGAACACACACUCCAACGCAUGUCCGACAAUAUUGGUCCAUCCGAGAGCAGUUAUCGACAGACGGCGGCAUCGUGUUAUACGGAUCACGUAUCGUGAUUCCAUCCGCUUCGCGCCGUGGCAUUCUGGCAAAAUUGCAUGCAUCUCAUCAAGGGAUUGUGAGGACCAAACGUCGAGCGCAACAGACGGUGUAUUGGCCAGGUAUCUCCAAUGAUAUCAUAAUGCUGGUGGAACGGUGCGACAUCUGCCAGGAACGAUUGGCAAUCCAAGCUCAAGAACCAUUAUUGGCGGACCCAUUGCCGUCAUACGUGUUCGAAGAUGUAUCGGCAGACUUAUUCCAACACGGAUCGUUACACGUGUUGGUUUAUGCUGAUCGAUUGUCAGGAUGGCCGGUGGUGCAUCAGUGGCGCCAUGACCCUACGGCCCGGGAGGUGGUGCAGGCCGUCAUCAACAAUUUUGUGGAGUUAGGCGUGCCGAUGCGACUUCGGUCGGAUAACGGCCCGCAGUUCGAAGCGGGCGUUUUUCAAGCGACCCUAAAGCGCUGGGGUGUUUCAUGGGGUAAUUCAACUACCCAUUACCCCCAAAGCAACGGGCACGCGGAAGCAGCUGUAAAAACGGUGAAAGAGCUGGUACUGAAGCUAGCCCCGUCGGGGGAUUUAUCGUCGGAAGAGUUCCUUGCUGGCCUGCUGGAAUUUCGAAACACCCUGCAUGCAACUGGAUUAUCACCGGCUCAAAUAGUAUUUGGCCAUCAGCUGCGAUCUAUGGUGCCCGCCCAUCGAUCCUCCUAUUCCAAUCAAUGGAAAGACGUCAUGGAUGCGCGAGAGCGUCAGGCGGAAGCAGAUGCAAACACAAAAUUCCGCUACGACCUACGAUCACGCCCACUGCCAUCGUUACCGGUCGGUGCACCAGUACGCGUCCAAGAUCCGAAAACGAAAUUAUGGAGCCAUAGCGGAGUGAUCGUCGAGGUCGGAGAAUACCGGUCCUAUCGGAUCAAGUUUGCAGCGGCAGUGUGCUUUGGCGUAACAGGUGGUUCAUCCGCUUGGUGGUUCCGGCAGCGACCGAGAGCGGGAGCAGCGAAGAAUCCACGUCACCAACAGCAGAAGCGCACGAUACGAAGGCAGAUGCGGAGAUGCCAGGGAAAGAGCAACCCCAGUUGGACCCCCCUCCAGUAG